UCGUUGGUUAACGCUUCCCUCUGAGCAGAGGCGGCGGAUGGAGCGGAGCUGAUGAAUGAGAUGAGGGGCUAACAGAGGGCAGACGGGCUGAUGAUGAGAGAGGAUGAACCAGCAGCUGAAGGAGCAUCAGUGUCCUAUUCUCCCACCAUCUCAGAUCCAGUUUUCGCGAAACAACGCAAACAAAAUAAGACGGAGAAAUCUGCUCGUUUGUGAAUGAAGGAAAAUUUUGUGGUGGACAUCGACGUCGGUGAAGCUGUUUAGUUUUUUUCCUCUUGGAGGAGGGCAGGACGUGAUGAUAAAACCCGGAGUGUGCUCCAAGGGCUUUUUUGUGUUGUCUCCAAAAGCAGCGGAGAUGAAGCCCCGUCUGGAAAGAAGAUGUCUGUCACCACAGAGCGGCGUUAAAUGUCUCACUUGCGGCGGUAAAACUCUUUAAUAUUUCUCCGAUUUGAGGAUUUUAAUGGCACAGAGGACUUCAAUCAAGAGCCAGCGACUUAAAGAGGGAUUUAUGAGUGUCGAAAUUGAGGGGUGAAUGUUUUUUUUUUUUAUUUAUCCCAACGUCUGCCAUCCCUAUUCAGAUUAUACACCAGCCAACGGAGCAUUUAUAGCAAGCUAACGUCACAUUUAGAGACUAUAGGGAGUUUUAUUUGCUAAAACGGGUUAACAUUUUUCUCCCUUUCGAUCAUUUCAUUCUGAAUUUAAAAGCGCAACACGACCCCUUCGAGUCUAAUGUGGUUAUAAAUCACACCCUCCCUCUGCUGUCAGUUUUUUUCUUCUUUUUUUUAAUAGCCCGAGUUGAGCUCCAUAAUCCUGCAUUACUGUGGAGUUUGGUUGUGUUUUUUUUUUUUAGCUAACGGCGGCGGCUACUAGAGCCAGAGCAGCGCGCGCGUGUGUUGUCAGUCAUCAUCAUGCGUGCACCGACACGUUCGCUCGGAUGAAACCACCACCUAAGCCAAAAAUAUGAUGCACCCAGAGGGCACAACAACACGCCGAGCCAUGUCGGACUGAGAACAGCGAGAGUGGGGCUUCGCCGGGCUGUGAGCUCACACAAACAAGCAGAGAGCAGCUUUCAAUUGAGAGGGAGAGCGGAUAAAAAAAAAAUAAAAAAAACCAAAGCUGCAGCUAGCCUGUCCGCACAGCUCUCAGGAGACCGCUGAGAGGAUCAUUUUCGACUCAACUUAGAGACCAGAAUCCAGCUAUAAUGGGAGAGCAGCCCAUCUUCAGUACGCGGGCCCACGUCUUCCAGAUCGACCCGAACACCAAGAAGAACUGGGUUCCCACGAGUAAACAUGCUGUCACAGUGUCGUAUUUCUUCGAUAGCACCAGGAAUGUAUAUCGAAUCAUCAGUCUGGACGGAUCCAAGGCCAUUAUCAAUAGCACCAUCACCCCCAACAUGACGUUCACCAAGACAUCGCAGAAGUUUGGCCAGUGGGCGGACAGCCGAGCCAACACCGUCUAUGGCCUCGGCUUCUCAUCAGAGAGCCACCUGGUUAAGUUUGCAGAGAAGUUUGCAGAGUUCAAGGAGGCGGCACGGUUAGCGAAGGAGAAGUCUCAGGAGAAGAUGGAGCUCACCAGCACGCCCUCUCAGGAGUCAGCCCCAGGUGAUCUGCAGUCACCUUUGACCUCAGAGAGCAUCAACGGUACAGACAAUGACAGAGUUACGCCAGAUACACCUCAGCACCCCGAAGCCAGAGCAGAGCCUUCCCAGAAUGCACUGCCCUUCUCACACAGUUCAUCCAGCAUUAAUAAGCACUGGGAGGCAGAGCUUGCGGCGCUGAAGGGGAACAAUGCCAAACUGACGGCGGCUCUUCUUGAAUCUACAGCCAACGUCAAACAGUGGAAGCAGCAGCUGGCAGCCUAUCAGGAAGAAGCUGAGAGGCUACACAAACGGGUGACAGAGCUGGAGUGCGUGAGCGGCCAAACGACAGGGAUUAAAUCUCAAAAGACUGAACUCAACCGAACAAUAGAAGAGCUGGAGUUGGCUUUGAAGGCUAAAGAGGAGGAGUUGGAGAGACUUAAAGCAGAGGUGGAGAGUGCCAAUGAGUUUAGGUCUCAAAGAGAUUCCCUCACACAGAUGCUACAGGAGACGGAGUUGAGAAACCAGACGCUGGAGGCCCAGCUGAGUGAUCUGGAGCACCGUCUGGAGAGCAGCCAGCUGGAGCGGGAAGCCUUUCGCAAAAGCCUGCGCUCCCUGCUGGAGCUGCUGGACAGUAAAAUCUUUGAGCUGAACGAGCUGCGGGACGCACUGGCCAAGCUGCUGGAGGGCAGCUAGACGGAGAGAGACGAAGACUGUGCCACCACCUCCAACCACCUCCACCAACACAGCAGCCAGCGCCGAGAAUUUUACCGCAUGUCGGCACUCACCUGCUCACUGACAACUUGAAUUCUCUUUUUUUGUUUUUUUCCUCCCACACGCGUGUAAAAGUUUACACACAACUUUAUACUUUAACACACAUCCACGCUCAGAUCGUUUACAAACCGCCAUGUGAAGCCUUCCCCUCCGCUCCACUCUGGAAAAAUCCACAGAAGCGUUUUUUUGGUUUGCUUUCCUCGCUCUACAAAAACAUUAAAGGCGAAAUUCGCUUUUUCUUUUAAACGUUGCUUUGGUGCGUUCAAAUGCAGUCACUCAGAGUCUGUGAUUGUUCUUGUUUUCUUUUCUCUUUUUUUCUUUUUUUCCUCUUUCCGACUUUUUUCCAGGCACAAAUCUUUAUUAAACCCACGUCACCAUCAGCCAAAUCAACUCUGAGAUCCAUUCGGUUAUUUGUUGCGUGGACUCGACGCGAAGAGGAUCCGGAGGACGUCUAAUAUUGUCUAAUAUUCUUCUGAAAUAUAUGAGCAAUACAAAAGGGCAGCACCAGAGGGUUUAAAAAAAACAUUUUCCACUCUCACUUUCAGGUAAUUUUACUCCUCUCGGAUACGUUUAAGACAUCGAGGUGGGAUUUUACUCAAACGUCUUUUCUUUCUUUCUAUACGCUUUUUUUAAGGAUAUAACAGAUUCAUAGUGCACUUGUUCAUGUGUGUGUGAGUGAGUCAGAUGUUUCGUUUCCCCUCUUUGUUUCUGUUGCAACAUGAAGUGCAAUGAUUGAAUCCUUUUUUUUGUUAAUUUAUUACUGAAAUUCGUGAUGAUGAUGAUUAUUAUUAUGAUGGAAGUUGUACAAAAUCAAAGUAUCUUUAGUUACAUCUCAUUUUCACUUAAUCUGUUUUUCAUCAUGUGGUACGUGAGCGUCAAGAUGUUGAAACCUGGCAAUAUUUUUGAGCUGUUUAUCAAAGGAAAAAGGAAAAUGCGGCGGGUUGAUUGCAGUUUUUGUUUUCUUUUGCCAAAUAAUGUUUUCCUGUACAGAUCUGAAUUUUUGCUGAUGUUGCCUUUGGUACAGACAUGCAUCAAUGGUAGCUAAGUAGCAGUACUUUUUAUUUGGUGGGAUUUACUAUUGCCAAAAACGAGAGGAAUAUGAUUCAGCGUGUACACCUGAAGAACACUAUUUAAGGGCUUGUUGAUAGCGCGGGUACAUUCGGGACACUUGGAUGGAUUUUUGUGCUGUAAAGGGAAAAAAAAAAAGCAUUUGAAUAAGACUUUGAAAUACUGAUUAAACCACAUGCUUACAGACACAAAUUGUAAUUUUGAGUUUUUAAUAAAAGAAAACCAAAUGAAAA